AUGGUUCUCGCCCCAGACGAGGGCCUACCUACCCACGAUGAACCGCAACACCCUCAAACCUUCCCCGGGAAAGCGAAGAAAGCGCUGAAGACAUUUGAACGACAGCUAGUGGCGUAUAAUCUGGAAGCCCGUGGUAUACAGCGCGUGGAAGCAGACGAGCGCCAUGAUUUGCGCUCCCUAGGAUACACGCAGAUAUCUGUACUGUGGUUCUCAAUAAACCUCGCCGCCAACAAUAUCACGUUAGGCAUGUUGGGCCCAGCGGUGUUCGAGCUUGGAUUUCUAGAUUCUGCCAUGUGUGCUGUCUUUGGCAUGCUCUUGGGAUGCCUUCCCACUGCGUAUACCGCCACAUUCGGACCACGGAGCGGAAAUAGGACAAUGAUAUUCGCGCGUUAUACAAUGGGCUGGUGGCCGUCAAAGUUGGUGGUGAUCCUCAACUUGAUCGUAUUGCUGGGGUAUGCUAUGAUUGACGCGGUAGUUGCCGGCCAGAUUCUGUCCGCCGUUUCUACUACAGACAUGUCCGUUGUCGUAGGCAUCAUAGUUGUUGCUGUCAUCACCUGGGGCGUCACGACUUUUGGAUACCAGAUCUUCCAUUACUACGAACGAUAUGCGUGGUUGCCGCAACUGAUCGUAUUUUGUAUUCUUGCUGGCGUAGCAGGGCCAGGAUUUGACACCUCGUCCGUUUCUGUGGGUGAUCCACGGACUCUCGCUGGGAACCGGUUGUCGUUCUUUGGUAUCAAUCUCUCCGCCGCAAUUACCUAUGCAGGUGGCGCCGCCGACUACUUCGUUUACUAUCCUGAAGAAACCCCUGGAUGGAAGAUUUUCUCCAUGACCAUGAUCGGUCUCACGACGAGCUUCACCUUCGCUUUCCUCCUCGGGAUCGGGCUUGCGUCUGGAAUGGCAAGCAGCGCUGCCUGGUCUACUUCAUACGGAGUAUCUCAAGGCGCGCUGAUUGUCGAAGGCUUCCGUCCUUUAGGCAGCUUUGGCAGCUUCUGUGGUGUUGUGGUCGCAUUGGGCCUCGUCGCGAACAUGAUCCCGCCAGUGUACUCUUCCGGUGUUGAUUUCCAAAUCCUGGGCCGCUACCUUGCACGCGUCCCUCGCGCUAUCUGGAACACUAUUGGCGUCGUCAUCUUCACGGUCUGCGCGCUUGCCGGACGGGAUCACCUUGCGGAGAUCUUUACGAACUUCCUGGCGCUCAUGGGUUAUUGGGUGUCUAUCUGGAUUGCCAUCACGCUCGAGGAGCAUCUCAUUUUCCGGCGCACACGAGGGUUCAAUUGGACUGUCUGGAACCAACAGAAGAAGCUCCCCCAUGGUAUCGCUGCGCUGAUCGCGUUUCUGAUCGGCUGGGCUGGGGCAAUUUUAUGCAUGGCGCAAGUGUGGUAUAUUGGACCAAUCGCGAAGCUCGUAGGCGAUUACGGAGCUGAUAUGGGCAACUAUGUUGGUUUCGCAUGGGCCGCCCUGGUGUUCCCGCCAUUACGAUACUGGGAGUUGAAGAAGUUUGGUCGUUGA